AUGCGUUCUGUAGAAGGGCUGCUGUGUUUUGGUUUGUGUAUGUUUGUACGGCACCCUAAGGAUGUCCGCGUAGAUAUCUUUCUUUCAUUUUCAAUUUUCUUCCAAAUAUAUUUCUUUCAUUUUCAAUUUAAUUCCAAAUUUCUUUCUUUCAUUCUCAAUUUAAUUCCAAAUUUCAUUAUUUCAUUCUCAAUUUUCUUCCAAAUAUCUUUCUUUCAUUUUCAAUUUAAUUCCAAAUAUCUUUCUUUCAUUUUCAAUUUAAUUCCAAAUUUCUUUCUUUCAUUCUCAAUUUUCUUCCAAAUAUCUUUCUUUCAUUUUCAAUUUAAUUCCAAAUUUCUUUCUUUCAUUCUCAAUUUUCUUCCAAAUAUCUUUCUUUCAUUCUCAAUUAAAUUCCAGAUAUCUUUCUUUCAUUUUCAAUUUUCUUCCAAAUAUCUUUCUUUCAUUUUCAAUUUAAUUCCAAAUUUCUUUCUUUCAUUCUCAAUUUAA